AUGCUGGCUUUCCUGGGGGCCAUCAUCUGCAUCAUCGCCAGCGUCCACCCGGCCGGGACCGCCGCUCCCGCCGCCGUCCCCGCCGCCGACAAUGACUCGGCCGCCGCCGCUCUCCUGCCCGCCGCCGACAAGGGGCUGGGAGCCCUGCACGGCCCCGCCGAGGCUCUGGCCAGCGCCGGGCCGCGUCUCCCGGGGGGAGCCCCGCCGCCGCCGCCGCUCUUCAGCCGCUUCGUCUGCACGCCGUUAAGCGCCGAGUGCCCGGCCACCGGCCCCGCCGCCAGCACCGGCCCUGCCGCCGGCCCCGAGGAGCUGCUGGCGCUGCGGAGCGCGGCGGCCCAGCUGCGCCGAACGGCGCUGGAGCAGAAGGAACGGAUCCGCAUGGACCAGGAGACCAUCCGGGAGCUCACCGGCAAGCUGAGCCGCUGCGAGGGCGGGCUGCGAACCGCCGCUCCCCCCGCCGCCGCCGCCGCCGGGCUCCGCGCCGCCCCGCGCCCCGGCACCAUGGGGCAUCCCCCCGACGAGCCGCCCGCCGUGCGGGAGCUGGAGGAGGCCGUCCGCGCCCUCCAGGACCGCAUCGACCGGAUAGAGCAAGAGCUGCCAGCCCGCACCAAUGGCUCUGUGCCCACCAGCCCGGCGCUCGCCCGCGAUGCCCUCCAUACCAAGAUGGAGCAGCUGGAGGAGCAGCUCCUCUCCAAGAUCCUGACCCUGCAGAAGGAGCGCCAGGCCGCCAGCACUGACCACAGCCAGAAGCAGCAUGACAUUGAGAAGGAGCUCAACUCGCUCCAGAACCGGGUGAUGGAGCUGGAGCACGGACCACCAGGCUAUAGCCCUCCUGAUGCCUUCAAAGUGUCCAUCCCAGUGCAGAACAACUACAUGUACGCCCGCGUGAAGAAGAGCCUGCCGGAGCUCUACGCCUUCACCAUCUGCAUGUGGCUGAAGUCCAAGGCCCUGGGAGGGCUUGGCACCCCUUUCUCCUACUCUGUGCCAAGCCAAGCUAAUGAGAUUGUCCUGCUGGAGUGGGGCAGCAACCCCCUGGAGCUGCUCAUCAAUGACAAGGUGGCCCAGCUGCCGCUGAGCCUGAAGGACAAGGCCUGGCACCACGUCUGCGUGGCAUGGACCACCCGGGAUGGCAAAUGGUCGGCGUACCAGGACGGCGAACAGCGGGGCGCCGGCGAGAACCUGGCCUCCUGGCACGCCAUCAAGCCCCAGGGCGUCAUCAUCCUGGGCCAGGAACAGGACACGCUGGGUGGCCGCUUCGAUGCCACGCAGGCCUUUGUGGGGGAGCUGGCGCAGUUCAGCGUCUGGGACCACAUGCUGGCGCCUGCGGAGAUCCUGGCCUUGGCCAACUGCACCUCCCACCUCCAAGGCAACGUGAUCCAGUGGGACGACCAGGCGGUGGAGGUCUUCGGGGGUGCCAGCAAGGCCGGCUUCACCGCCUGCGAGGAAGGGAGGAAGGCGUGAGCGGCCCCGCGCCCCCCUCUUCAGCGCCGAGGAGCACGGUGACAAGCCCCCAAGCAAGGAGUUCCUUUCUCCCCUCCCAGGAGUGAUGCUCGAGCCCUCCAUGCUGGCAUCCCAGGAGGGAGGAGGGGUUCCUGUCAUCCUGGGAGGGAAGGGAGUCCCUGUGUCCCUCCCUCCCAGCAUGGCUGCCCCUGGGUCUUGCCUUGCCACACUUCCCUUUCAGGAGGACCUCGCUGAACCCACAGGCAUCUCUGGUGUGGUGAGGGUCCCUGCCUUGUCAGCCCCCACAGGGAGUGGGAAGGAGACCUCCAGACCUCCACCCACCCCAAGUGAGGUCCAGCCUUGGUGGGAUGCCAACAUGUGGGCAUCCCCCAAGCACACUCCCUUUCCUUAUUUAUUUCUAGCACCCUGCUAUCUAGUUUUGUGACCCUGUACCCCAAAUGAGCCCAGAGGCUCAUCUGGGGCCAUCUUCC